AUGUCGUCUUCCUUAUCCGUCGCGCAUUCCCUGUCGUCGUCGCAAUUAGCAGCAGCAUCAGGAGACGGCCCAACGGCUCGAGACUACACUAACCGCACCGCAUCCGCAAUGUCCGCGUCGCCUCUCCGUCCUAGAACCCCGUUUCGCGGGCAAAACACCCCCUCGCAGAUAUCCCAGUCCUUCGACAUCCCCAACUCCCCGUCCUCCCCCGCCAUUCCCCCGCCUACCCCCGAUGACGCCGCGCGCCGCCUCGCCAUCCGCCUGCUCAUGGGGACGAAGCCUUCCGCCGAGUGCCUCUCGCCGUCGCGCACCCCUCGGGGGGGCGGGGGCGGAAGGAGCGAGAGUGGCGGCGAGCGGGCGCACUGUCGCAGCUUCUCGAUGAAGGAGCGGCGCGGUGGAGGAGACGACUGGUCGGCGCGGAUUGCGGCGGAUAUCGCGGGUGAGAGCCCGAGGGGAAGAGUCGGGGCGAGACCUCCGACGGCUGAGGGGAGCUGGCGGCUGAUGAGCGCGCGCGGAGGGAUGCGGGGAAAGAGCAGUACGGAUCUGGCGGAGUACGCGCGGACGCGGGGGGACGGCGCGGCGGAAGCGGCGGCGUCGGGAGGCGAAGAGGACUCGGCAGACGACUCGGAGAUGGAUGAAUGGGGGAGAGAAGGGGGGAUGGGGGCGCACGGAGAGGGAGAGGAUGGGGAAGAGGACGACGAGGGAGAGGAGGAGGACGAGGAUGACGAAGAGCCGGAGACGCUUUGGCGACGAAACAGCAGCAGCAGCACCCGACUGAACAGCAGCGCCGGAGGCGGCGGGGGCGGCGGAGGCGGCGGGAGCGGCGGAGACGGCGGAGGUGGCGGGGACGACUGGGACGGUGGAGAGCGACCGAAAACUGCGCCGGCCUCUCCGGGAGCAGAUGCUGCCGUCAAUGGCGGUAGCACCUUCAGAAGCAAAUCCUACCAGCAGAGUAACCUGAGCCACCGGCAGGACCUCGGCGGCUCGAACAGGCACGGCGGUAGCAGCAUUAUGCGCCUCGAGAGCGACACGUCGGACGACGGCGGCGCUGACAUGUCGGAGCGGAUGGACAGCAGCAGCACAGACGCCGCCGGCCGUCGCGGCGGAUCGAACAGCAGCGGCAGCAGCAGCGACGGCAGCCCGCACUCGGCGGCGGCGACGACGGAGGAGGUGUGGGUGCUGUCGAAGCAGGUCGCGGUGCUACAGCAGCAACUGGCCGACGCUUCCGCCGCUAACUGCGAGCUGCUAGAUCGAGUGGAGCACAAGUCGCAGGCUCUAGCGGAGGCCGAGGCGCGUCUUAAGGACAUGCAACAGUCGCUGCGCGGAAUGGAAGCCGCGGCUCGGGACGUGGAGGCCAAGCUGCGCGACGCGCGCGCGGAGGUGCACGAGCUGCGGGAGGCGCAGGCGGAGCGCGACGCGGCCUGCGCGGAGCGCGACGCGAUGGCAGCGGAGAUGGAGGCGGCGCUGAGCUCGUGGUCGCGCGCGCUGGAGGAGGCGAAGGACGCGCGCGACGAGGUGCGAGAGGCGGCGGAGGCGGCGGCCGCGGCGCGGCAGAAACUGGCGGAGGCGGAAGCGGAGAAUAAGAGGCUGUGGCAGGUGAUGGACCUGCUGAUGGCGCAGCAGAAGGCGCGCGGAGGGGGCGGCGGGGUGGGACGCAGCAACAGCGCCGGCAUUGCCGGCAGUGUUGCUGGCGGCUUUGGUGGCAGCAGAAUUGCUCGGCAGCAGGUGCAGCAGCGAGGUGCGGUGAGACUGGGGUAUGGGGAGAGCAGCGCAGCAGCAGCGGUGGUGCCAGAUGCCAUGCGUGUGGCUGGGCUUGAGAAGGGCAUGUUCUGUGCCUGCUAG